GAGACCACCCAGAAAUCGGGGCAUCUUUUUUGCUCAAAUUUCCAUACACUUUCUCCAGCAGGUCGUCUUCCAGAAGAAAUCUGGCUUGUUACAAGUCUUACAAGAAUUUAGUAUGGCUUCAAUACUUACGUAUUUAUACAGCUACAAAUUUAGGAUGUUUAUAUGCUGUAGGACAAUGACACAUUCCAUCUCUUUACCCAGCAUCAUUAGCGCACAUGUUUAUUUAUUUACUUGGAAGUAUGUGUGCAUGUAUGUAUCACGAUAACCUCAUCUGACCCAGAGAAUCCACUCAAUUCUGGACUUGCAAUAAAUAAUUUGCCCAUAAUUCGACUCCUCCAUGUAUUUAUUAACUAAUUCACCCAAAGGUCACACUUCCCCAAACAGUUUGAUCUUCCGUCAACUGUUACAUUUUUUUCCAUUCACGGCAGAAAAUAAAAUUAACCCGUAAAAAAAAUUCAAAUUCAAAAUGUACCCAACCACCAACCUAACCGUCCUCUUCACCAUUUACGCCCUCCUCCCCAGCCCAACUUCCUCCACGAGGGCGACAUUCGGCGAAUUUUGUGACAAUCGAACCAUCCGGUGUGACUCGGCGGCCUUUCUCACAUGUCGAAACGGCACUUGCACCUGCCUCAAAUCGGACGCCAUGACGUUCUCUUCCUCCCAAUCGAGCUGUGUCGCCUUGGCCGGCGAAAAGUGCAAAUUUACCGUUGUCGAAGAAUUCCGCAGUUGGUUGGAAGAGGUUGGUUGCGUCCAAAAUGCGAAAUGUUCCCCCUCUUCGGGAAUCUGUGCUUGUGACGCGGGUUUCAUGGAAAUGCCCGAAUCCGGGGUGUGCUCCCCGAAACGGGUGUUUGGUCAAGGGUGCAAUUCCAACGGGGAGUGUCGCGAUGACCUCAAAUGUGUCCAAGGUCAGUGCAAGUGUGAUCCGGAGCAGGCCGUGUAUGAUUUUGAGCAGCAGCAAUGCGUCGGUCUGGCGGAUGCGGCUUGUUUAAAUGAACGCUGUACGGAGAACGCGAUCUGUCGCGGGUAUUAUGGCGGACAUUCGAUCGACAGUUAUGAAGAGUAUUCGGGAGAGGAUACGAAGUGUGUGUGUUCUCCAGGCUACACAAAAUCUCCCGAAGGCCUCUGCCAAGUCGGUCAUGGCGGCGCGUGCGACCUGAACACGCAAUGUCUCGACAAACUCAAAUGUCAAGAGGGAACCUGCACCUGCCCCUUCCAAGGUCACCAAACCUUCCAAGAAGCCUACCAAGACUGCUACAGUCUCAUCGGGGGACCCUGCACGCCAAAUAUUUCGCCCAAAAACGAAUCCUCCUCCUCCUUCACGCACUGUGUCAAACCUGCCAUUUGUCUGCCAAAUGGCCACUUCCGGUUCGAAUGCGCUUGUCCGGAGGGGAUGGUGGAAAAUGCGGAGCGUUCCUGCGAUCUGACCCAGGGACGAAUUUGCUCCUCGGAACGUUCCACCUCGGGAGGAGGAGGACAAUUAAAAUGCGACACGUUGGCCCCUCUCUUUUGCAUCCAGGGGAAGUGUCAGUGCGAAGAUGAGUUCAAAAUUUAUGACCCCCUCGCCAAAAGAUGUAGAGGUUUGGUCGGGUCAAACUGUGACCGGGGCGGACAGCUAGCCGACAACAGUUUUUGCGUGGAUGGAGCUUUCUGUAAACAAUUUCGAGGUUCGGAUACCAAAGGGAGGUGUGAAUGUUCAAAGUAUUUUGUCGAGUUGAGGAACAGGACGUGUUCCGUGGUAGAGGUGAAUAAUAAUAAUAUGCUUUUGCGGGGAUGAAGUUAAAUAAUUUGGAAUAUGUUUAAGAAUUUUGUACGUUUUGUAAUAAAAAAAAGUAUGCAAAUA